AUGGAGAAUCGUACUACGCGUCCCGCCGCCGAAGGCGAGAUCAUAUAUUCACAGCCACGACCACCAUAUGGCUCCGUCGGCUGGGUACCCCAGCAACCAGGCCAUCGCGAGGAUAGCCAAUAUGAGGAAGGCACACCCGAGGAAGAAGAUGCCAUCCUCCUAGCUCGGGACCGAUCUCCGCCGCCGGUCCAUAUCAACGGGGCAACAGGUCCCAGGACCUUCUUCUUCCCAGAAGCGACAUCAGCCUCCCACCGCAGACACGACAACGCCCUCGCCAGCGACGGAGUCCAUCUCCCCCGCCUCCGUCCAGGCCCAGCACCCGUUCUCGAAUGGGACUCCGCCCACCGGCCGGAGCGAGCCCGCGAUCUCCUCCACCUAGUCGACUACAACUUUGGCCCUCCCUGGGCACGCCGCCGGAUCGAUGAGCACACCUCGUUCGCCCACGACGUCAACCUGCGGUAUUCGCAAGCCCAGGACUACUUCCGCGAGCAAGAGGCUCGGGGUCCCCUGAUACCAUUGCCCAAACGUCGUACCGAAAACUCGAUUCCCAACCUCGUCCAGGACCAGAACCUCCACGUCGGAAAUGCACCUUCACGGCCGGGGCUGGUGUAUCACGACUCUCUCGUUCCGGUGCGGGGGCAGGAGUACCACGGGUCACUGGCUCCCCGACCUUCGCUGCACCCUCGCUUAAAUUUCGACAACCUUACUGUUCAGCCUGGGACGCAGUCCUAUCGCUUGCCACGCGUUUCUGAGCGUGAGGCUGGAGAGUUCGAGGAGCUGCAGGAGGCCCAAGAGCAGCCCCAGCAGACUUAUACUGGGUUAUUGAACACUCCCAUCUAG